AUGGGUCAAGCAGUUAGUUCAAAUAAUCCUCUGGAUUACAAAUUUGAUAUCCCAAGACCGUAAUUUAACAGGGGCGAACUCGACGCCUUAAAAAGUAAUGAGCUAGAAAGCCUCAAAAACCUUAGAAUCUAUACUGACUUGGAUAUUGAUGACCAAGGAUUUAAUUUCGAAAAUAUUGAUUGUUUCGACUUUGAGGAAAAUGCAUAAGGUGCUGGAGCAUAUUACUAUGGUAAGUUAGUUGGUGGAAGGAGGAAAGGUUUAGGAAUUUAAGUGUUUGAAGAAGCAAAGUCUGGAAUUAGGAUGGCCUUCGGAAAUUUUGAAGACAAUUUACUUGAAGGCUACGGAUUAGCAAUAUAUCACGAUAACACUUAUUAUCAUGGUUAAUGGAAAAAAGGGAAAUGUGAAGGGUUUGGUUAUUACACUUCUAGUUUUGGGGAUUUCUAUCUUGGAGAAUGGAAAGGUGGUGAAUUUAUCACUGGCAUUUACAGAACAUCAGACUUUGAGUAUGUAGGGCAGUUAAGUUAAGGCAAUUUUCAUGGAAUUGGAAGAUGUUAUUAUUUUGAUGGAGCCAUAGUCCAAGGAAAUUGGAGUUAUGAUUAAUUAGAGGGAUUCGCUAAUCAUUAAUUUCCGAAUAAGGAUAACUAUGUCGGUUACUAUAAGAAAUCUCUUAAGCAUGGGAUUGGAAUUUUGUAUGAGAAUUCAGAAUAAAAAAUAUAUGAAGGAGAAUUCUUUUUUGAUCAUUUUCAUGGUCUCGGAAAAGAAAUUGACUAAGAUAAAAAAUAAUUUAUUUCUGCUGUUUUUAGAUAAGGUAAACCCUAUUUACUUUACAGUAAAUAAAUAUAUCAAGGAGAAAAUUAAGGAGACUAAGAGUGGAUUUUGACAGAUUAUGACUAAAAUUAAUAGGAGGUGGAUAGAAGCUUAUGUGUUAUUAGUGAUUACAAUUUUGAAUAGAAUUUAUCUCAAGGAGGAGAUAAAUAUGAAUAAUUUAAUAAAGAUAAUCAAAAUUUAAUCAAUGAAAUGAAUGUAAUUUUGAAGAAAAGUGAAGGAUAUAAGAAGGAACACUAAAUAUUAGAAAAAAGACUUAAAUAAUUAACAAUAUUACAUUAGCUAUAAAAAUGGCAUUACGAAUAAAACUAAGAUAGAUUUCCUCAUCAUUUUAGAAGCUAAUAUCAAAAGUUUCUCUAAUAAUAAUAACAAUAACAAUGA